AUGAAUUUCACAUCAUCUCAGCCCACGACAUCGCUGCAGGUGAUCCCUGCAUUGCAGGUCCGCGAAGAGAAGCUCAAGGCUGCCAUGACCGAGGACCUCUAUGUGACGGAUGAGGUGUAUCGACUGGUGGCCAAAGGAAAAGCCUUUCGAGAGGCCUAUGGUGAGGCCAAAGAAGCUUUCUUCAAACGAAAGGCUCAACAGGCGGUGGCUGCGCACGGACGCCGAUCUCAAUGGAGCUCUGCCUUAGACCUCACAGAAAAAAUGGCUUGGCAAGCUCUGGAGACGAAUAUCAUCAUCGCCAACUCUGCCAUCAGUGCCUGUGAGAAAGGAGAGGAAUGGUCAAGGGCUAUGGCUUUGCUGGCGGAGACGUCCACGACAUGGCGGCUACGUCGGGACGUCAUCAGCAUCAACGGAGCAAUCAGUGCGGUUCCCACCUGCCAUUGGCCCAAGGCGCUGCAUUUGUUACUACGACUUCAGCAGGAGCAGCAACAAGCAGACGCGAUUAGCUACAAUUCAGCCAUCAAGGUUUGCGAGUCAUGGCUGGUGGCUCUACAGACCUUCAACGCCAUGGAGGUCCCAGCCACUGCGAUGAGCUAUGGGGUCAUGGCAAAUGUCUUCGAGAAGGCAUCAUGCUGGGCUCUGGCCGUACAUUUGCUGGCUAGCAUGGUGAAUUCCUUGCUGGAAAUGAAUGUGAUUGUGUACAAUUCUGUGAUGAGCGUGUGUAGCAAAGCCGAGCAGUGGCAACAAGUUCUGGAUCUGCUGACGGCCUUGAAAUGCAGAAGUCUUGAGGCGGACACGAUAAGUCAGAAUCUGAUGAUCAGCGUCGAGCGUCGCUGGCAGCGAGUGCUGGAUCUACUGCAGGACAUGGAUCAGCAGCAGAUGCAGUUGAGUCUCUUCACCUCCAGGGCAGCCAUCACCGCCUGUCAGAGCAGGUGGCAAUGGUCUUUGCAGUUACUGGAAGAUCUUGCGAGGAGAAAGAUGAGAGGAAACGUCAUGGUCUACAGUGCAGCCAUCGGGGCAUGUGAGGAGGGGCGCCAAUGGCAGCAGGCUUUGGAUCUACUGGAUGAUCUUUCAGACUCAGCCGACUUGGUGGCCUGCAAUGCUUGUCUAUCCGCCUUAGCUCGCAGUGGCCAAUGGCAGAAAGCUGGUGAGCUACUAAGGAGCAUGAAGACUCGGGAUGUCUAUAGCUUCAAUUCAGCGAUCAGUGCGUGUGAGGACCGCGAGGAAUGGCGGAUGGCGCUCGGCUUACUGCAGCGGAUGCGAAGAGAGAAGAUCCAGGGGAAUAUCAUCACUUACAACACCGUGAUUUCAGCCUUGGAGAAAGGUGCAGAAUGGCAGAAAGCAUUGGCUUUCUUGUCAUUGGCCAUGGAGCAGUCCAUGCAAGCAACCAUCAUCACCUACAGUGCAACGAUCAGCGCUUGCGAGAAAGCUGGCAAGUGGCGAGAGGCCUUGCAUGUCUUGAGGGAAACGACCAAGAGCAGUCUGCAAAGUGUGGUAGCACAGACUGCUGCCAUGCGUGCCUGUAGCCAGGUUAGCAUCUGGAAGGUGACCUUGCAACUUCUGGCAGAACUUGGUGCUGGGAAUUUCAUGAGUUACGACGCAGCCAUUUUGGCGUGUGACAUAGGCGUGGCUUCCAUCGACUGGUCGAUGGUCCAGCGUGGCAUACUGCACAGCCAUGUUAUCUCAUGUCAUGUUGUGGUGAUGAUGUGUUUUGCAGGUUAA